AUGUCCCAGGUCAUAGAAUCCCACGUGUUGCGUGUUGGACAGACUGUGUGUAUCUCCUCGCCAGAGGAGAGCAAGAGCCUGCACCCGGCGGGGUACCCGGGCAAGUACGUCUACUACUCCACGGAGGCCUGGACUGAGCCCCCCUCCAUGGUGCACCCCAAGGCUCGCCUGUUCCCCAGCGGGAGAGCACACGGAGCCCAGCCCGUGCUGGAGCACACGGCUCCUCACACGCAGGGGAAAGGCCAGCAGAAUUCCUCCUUGGAGAAACCCCCUGCCCCAUGCCAGCCGAAGCAGGAGGAGACCCCCAGCACGGAGCCUGAGGCUCAGCCCGUGUCUCCCUCCCUGGACAUAACCAUAGAGACUCUCAACCAGAUGAUCCUGGAGAUCGAUCCGACCUUCCAGCCGCUGCCGUGCAGGCCAGUGAAGGAUGCAGCCCAGCCUGCUGCUCAGGGUGACGCUGCGGCCACCAAGAAGCAGGAGCCAGAGGCAAUAGACAUCAAGUACAUAGAGCUGACACCGGGCAGAGCCAUGGGGCCCGACCUGCCACAGGGCUCCCCCAGCCCUUCGGGCACCCCUUUCUCCAGGUCCCCUCAGAACAACAGCUUCCUGCCCCAAAAAGGGGCUCUCGGAGGCAAAUACAGCACCAGUGACAGCGUGGUUUUCUCGAGCCCACCCGGACCCCCGAGUCCCCAGUCGGGCACCCUGAGCUGCAGCAAAGCAUCCGAGAGCACCAGCGCGCCCUGGCAGUGCCUGGCAGGACACACGGACACAGCCUCCCACAGCCCCGGGGCCCUCAGCACCUCCCCAGGUGUUGAGAACCUGCUGAAGCCCGUGCAGGUGCUGAGGACCCCGCAGAGGGGAAGCUGGGUGUCCCAGCUCUCCACGAGCCCUGGCUCGGACACCAGCUACAUCCUGGGCAGCAGCACCCACUCGCUCCACAACGAGGACUCGGAUGCUUCGGCCGCCGCCUCCCUGUCCCCCGCCAGCUCCCUGGGCAGCCCCUGCUCCCCUUCCUGCGGCAUCGUGCCUCACCCCAGGGAGGCUUUUGGCCAGAGCUCCCCCCAGCCCCGGGCAGGCAGCUCCCCCAGCACCGGCACCUCCCUGGCCCAGAAGGGCCAGGCCAGCAGCUGCCCCCCCUCCAUCCUCACCUCCUCGGCCGACAUCCCGGUGCUGCUGGUGAACGGGUGCCUGGAACAAGGAGAUGGACCCCCACAAGUGGCCAAAGCCCCCCCCAGCUCUGCCACGCAGCCCCCCCUGGCCGCCUGCAGCCCGGCGCCGAGGCUCGGGGGCCUGAACACCGCGCAGUCAGCGCCCGCGCUCAGCUGCCUCUCGGACAGUCCCCUGAAGGCUGGGCAGCCCACCAUGAAGUUUGUGAUGGACACAUCAAAAUACUGGUUCAAGCCGAGCAUCAGCAGGGACCGAGCAAUCCAGCUGCUGAGGGACAAGGAGCCGGGCACGUUCCUGGUGCGGGACAGCACCUCGUUCCGGGGCUCCUUCGGACUGGCCAUGAAGGUUCCUGGCUCUCCCUCUGGCAGCCAGACAGGCGAGGAGAGCAGUGACCUCGUCCGGCACUUCCUCAUCGAGUCCUCCACCAAAGGGGUUCACCUGAAGGGUGCCAGCGAGGAGCUGUAUUUUGGGAGCCUCUCUGCCUUUGUCUACCAGCACUCCAUCACCCCGCUGGCACUGCCCUGCAAGCUCAGCAUCCCCACCCGAGAUCUUGCUGAUGGAGAGGACAGCCCUGACUGCGCUCCUGAACCUGCCCUGUCCCUGGCCAGGAAAACUGCAGUGUGCAACGUCCUGUACCUCAACUCGGUGAACGUGGAGACGCUGACGGGAGCCCCGGCCAUCCUGAAGGGCAUCUCCUGCACCUUGGAGCUGGAGACGCUGCCCACCCCCACCCUGGUGCACUUCAGGGUGACGGAGCAGGGAGUCACGCUGACGGACGUGCAGAGGAAGGUGUUCUUCAGGCGACACUACCCCUUGGCUGCCAUCAGGUUCUGUGGGAUGGACCCUGAGAACAGAAAGUGGCAGAAGUACUGCAAGUCCUCCAGAAUCUUUGGGUUCGUGGCCAAAAGCCAGACAGACUCGGAGAACCUCUGUCACCUGUUUGCAGAGUACGACACCGUGCAGCCAGUGUCCCUUGUCAUCGACCUGCUCCGCCAGCUCCUGCCCAGCCCGUAG